UUUUUUUUCCAUUUUCGUUUUUCUUUCUUUUACUGUCUAAUUAAAUAUAUCAUUUUCAUAUCCCUUUUAUACAGCAAAGGAAUUAGUCAAAAAUGUCAUUAGAAAUGGUUGAUAUGGAUAAGAAGGGGACCGACUUUCAAGAGGGACCCGUUACUUUUGAUGCCUACAGUGAGGCAGAAAUGGAAUACUCCGAAGAGGGUAUAAUCGAUGUAAACCGUGAACAUGCUGGCUCAUCAUUUAUUGCCUAUUUUAAUGUUGUGUGCGUUGUGGCCGGUACUGGUACUCUCGGUUUACCUUACGCCCUUAGAUUAGGUGGUUGGAUCGGUAUUUUCAUUUUAUUUUUAUCUUGGACCAUGUCCAUGUACACUGGUGUACUCCUUAUUCGAUGCUUAUAUGCAAAUGGUAAGCAACGUCUUUCGUCCUACAAGGAAAUCGCCACCACUUGUUUCGGUGCCGUGGGUGGCUGGAUCACUUUCUUUUUGAACGCCUGGAUUUUGCUGGGUGCACCUAUUUUAUAUAUGGUUCUGUCAGGUUCUAAUUUACAACAACUCACAAAGGGUACAGCUGGUGAAAUUGGUGUAUUACCUUGGAGUAUUGUGUCCUGUGUUAUUAUUGCCGUUCCCUUUAUUUUGGUGAAGUCGAUGAAGGAAGUUGCCUGGAUGAGUGCCCUUGGUGCUCUUGCAACCCUUAUUGUCGUUGUCAUUGUCCUUGUUGUUUCAUGUAUCGAUAAAAAUACAAUUCCCCCAGCUCACCACGAGUCCGUUAUCUGGUCUCAAUUCCCCAUUGCUCUUAGUACAAUCUCCUUCAGUUUCGGUGGUAACGCUGUCUAUCCUCAUGUUGAGGCUUCCAUGAAAAAGCCCAAAGAUUGGCCCAAGGUUGUUGCUGCUGGUUUAAGUACUUGUGCCGGUUUAUAUUUUCUCUCUGCUGUUCCUGGUUAUUUGGUAUAUGGCGAUCAAGUGCAAUCCCCUGUCUAUAACUCUAUCAGUGAUGGUGUACCCAAAAUCAUUGCUAUUGUUGUCAUGACCUUCCAUGUGCUUUCCGCCUCCCCUAUUCUUCUUACUUCCUUUGCCUUAGAUGUGGAAGAAAUGUUGAAUAUUACUGUGGAACGUUUUGGUAGAGUGAAGGAAUUCAUUAUCAGAGCAGCCUUGAGAAUCUUUAUUGUUGUGUUUGUCGGUGUCAUUGGUGCUUGUAUUCCUCAUUUCGAUGAUUUGAUGUCCUUGAUUGGUUCGUUUGCCAAUUGUGGUUUGAUCUUUAUUUUCCCCAUUCUCUUUUACUUCAAGUUGACAGGUUUCCGCAACAAACCUUAUUAUAUAAUUGCUUGGUGUCUCUUGACCAUCUUACUUGGUGUUGUUGGUCUUAUCUUUGGUACCAUCUCUUCUAUCCAAGCUCUUAUUGCUGAUUUCUCCAAAUAGUUUUUUUUUAGAAAACAUACCACUGUAAAUAUCUUUAUUGUAAAUAGUUCAAAAAAAAAAGAAGGUCUGGGGAGAGCAUAUUCCCAUGAUGUUUGAAUAAAAAAGUUAUUUUUUAUUUUAUUUUUCUACCAAAGAAA